GGGCGAGCUGGGACGCCGCUCGGUGCAGCGGCUGUUCCGACGGCGCGCGAGUGGGCAAGGCGAGGGCGGCGACGGGGCGAGGCACGUGGUGGGCGCCGCCCUCCCGGUGACUCUCCCCGUCCUCGUGCGGGGAAGGGGGAGGAGGAAGGAGGCGGCAGCCGCAGCCCAGCAAGCCAUCUCCCCAGGAAGGCUCGACGGCGGCGCGGCGGCUGCCUGGCCUCCUCCCGCCUCGCACACACGAGGCGCGUCCACGCAGCAGCCGGGGGAAGGCGGGAGGCGGGCGCGGCUCGCUUGGGCACAGCUGCCGCAGCGGCUCUUUCGGCACAAGCGGAGAGCGAGGCAGGCAGGCGCCCCAGCAGCCCGGGAAAGCCGUCGGUGAAUGAUCCCGGCUCUCGGAGGCAGCUGCGGGGAAGAAAUCGGGGGACGCCAUGGAGGUCAAUGCAGGUGGUGUGAUUGCUUACAUCAGCUCUUCAAGUUCAGCCUCUAGCCCUGCCUCGUGCCACAGCGAGGGAUCGGAGAGCAGCUUCCUGUCCUCGUCACCUGUACCGCAGUCACCAAACAGCUCCUCUUCAGACGGCAGCUCGAGCAGCAAGAGCAAAGAGGGCUCUGAUGGAGUACCAAAGAAUGACCAGUUAGAUGACCGCGUUAAGGCCAGCCAGCCAAGUAUAACUGCAUUGGCCAAGGCUCAUGGUGGACUGACAAAAUUUAAUGGCAUGGUCCUGCUGUGUAAAGUCUGUGGAGAUGUUGCUUCAGGAUUCCACUAUGGGGUCCAUGCCUGUGAGGGGUGCAAGGGCUUUUUCAGAAGAAGCAUCCAGCAGAAUAUCAAAUACAAGAAGUGCCUGAAGAAUAAUAACUGCUCUAUAAUGAGAAUGAAUAGGAACAGGUGCCAGCAGUGCCGGUUCAAAAAAUGUUUGUCGGUUGGGAUGUCAAGAGAUGCUGUUCGAUUUGGUCGGAUUCCUAAACGUGAGAAGCAGAGGAUGCUGAUCGAGAUGCAAAGCGCCAUGAAAACCAUGAUGAACACCCAGUUCAGCGAUCAUUUGUCCAGCGAAGCCUCAAAAGAGAGCCAAGAACCUUUGCUUCUGCUGCCUCAAGAAGAGCUGAGCGCCCAACGGCAAGAAGAGCAGAAAAACGCUGGCAGCCGUUCUUCUUCUUCUCCUUCUCCUGCUCUCCUCCUCCCCCCUCCUCCUCCUCCCCCCUCUGACAUUGCUAAGGAAGAAGUGAUUGGCAUGGUGACCAGAGCCCACAAAGAUACCUUUAUGUACAACCAGGAGCAACCCGAAAACCCCCCAACUCCUGGGCAGCCCCAGAAUAUGGAGAGAAACCUAAAAUACGGUGGUGGUAGCGAAACCAAUAAUAGUGGCAUAAGCUGCGCCCAUCAUGGUGGGAAUGAACAACAUUUCAUUGGACAACACAAAGGGCGAAACAACAUGCAUUAUCCAAAUGGGCGUAGUAACCUUUGCUUUACAAACAGCCAUUCGGUGAACAUUGCUAAUGGCGCCGCCUCAAAAAGUUGCAAUGGUAGGCCUGAAAGUGGCUUUCCUCAGCGUGUGUCUAUGAAUUCCUACCCCUGCAACCCCGGAGAAAGGAUGCAUCUGGUUUGCCCAAUGAACAAGACUCCUUUUGUGGACCCAAAUAAGUCUGGUCAUGAAGUCUGGGAAGAAUUUUCCAUGAGCUUUACUCCUGCUGUGAAGGAAGUGGUGGAGUUUGCCAAACGUGUCCCAGGCUUCCGAGACCUUUCGCAGCACGACCAAGUAAACCUUCUGAAGGCUGGAACCUUUGAGGUUUUAAUGGUACGGUUUGCAUCCUUAUUUGAUGCAAAGGAUCGCACUGUCACGUUUCUUAGUGGAAAGAAAUACAGUGUGGACGAUCUGCGUUCAAUGGGAGCUGGUGAUCUGCUCAACUCCAUGUUUGAGUUUAGUGAGAAACUAAAUGCCCUGAACCUUAGUGAUGAAGAAAUGAGCUUGUUUACAGCUGUGGUCCUUGUGUCUGCUGAACGAUCGGGAAUAGAAAAUGUCAACUCGGUGGAAGCAUUGCAAGAAACACUAAUUCGCGUGCUUAGGACCUUAAUCACAAAAAACCAUCCGAACGAAGCCUCUAUAUUUACAAAACUACUCUUGAAGUUGCCUGACUUGCGUUCCUUAAACAACAUGCACUCUGAGGAACUCCUGGCCUUUAAAGUUCACCCAUAGGCUUUUACCUCUUGUUUAUAGAAUGGACUUGCUUCCUGUCAAUUAACUGUGGUUAUUUCAUGCUAUAAAAUGUUUAUUUAUGUUUGUUUGUUUGUUUGUAUGUAUGUACCUUUUGUGGAGAAGAAGAACUUGCUGUCUGUGUGAUAGAUGUUCUGUUGCCAUGCAAUAACAACGUUUCGGGUUGACCAUUUUUUCCGUCAGUGACAACAUGGCCACAGAUUUCUUCAUGAUUAUCCAAAAACAGCCCCAUAUGCACUAAAAGUGAAGAGGUUACAUUCAAUCUUAUGGAUAUUGACUGUUAAUUACUGCACCCUUACAGUAAAGACCAAUUAACUGGCUCUGCUAUAAACAAGAAUGCACAAUGGCUAUAUGCAGAAAACAGAAUUUUGGAUAAAUGACACUACAGUAAUUGAAGAUGGAUUUAAUUUGUUUAUCCCCCCCCCCUUUGAGCAUCUCAUCUUGGUUCAGUAGGAAGCUCAGAAAAUUUGUUUUGCUUUUCGGAAGCUCAGGAGCUCCAUGGGGAAGUCUCAUUGUAAACUGAUUAGAUAGCUCCAAGCACAAGCGCACAUGUGCUGUAUGUAUGUAUAGUAUGAAGAGAUGUUGGGCGUGUUAUGACUUUUAAGAAAUACAUUGUUUGUGUAUGUAUAUAUUUAAGUGUAUGUAUGUAAAUAGUUCUAAUUGAAACAACAUGCAUAUAAUUUCUUCACAAUAUUUUUCAACUGUGAAGAAGUUAACCAAACGAAAGGUGGUUGACCCAUGGGAACAACGGAAGCGAUGCUUUAGGUGACGCGCUGCCAAACCAAAUGUCUCGAGAGUUCAUCAUGUUUAUAGAGAUUUUCAGGUUAACUGCGGUGUGCCGAGUUCGCUGCUUCGAGAAGUCUUACAGAAUCAAAAGUGAAAUGGCAGAUCUGUCAAAUCAGUUAAAGGUACUGGAUUGGGCUGACUUUUUUAAUCUAUUGCUUCUAUGAUUCUUAUGUGCUAAUAGACACAUAAAGUUGCUGGACACACUACUCUUAUCUGGAAGGAAAUUUUUCAGAUGAAGCUUGUAAUCUGUGUAGCUUUAGAGAAUCAUGAUAAAUUUCAAGGAAGCGAUUGAUCAAACACCUUCAUUGCAUAUGUCUGUGUGUCUUUUGAAUCUGUACACUUUAUACACCUGUAUGCUGCUUGAAUGGGAAUGGGAAACAAAAAACAGACACAGUCAGUGGCUCAUGAGGUAUGUUUGUUGCCCAAGUGUGUUCUAUUAAGGUUAGAGUUGUAAAGGUUUUCUUAAACCUUUUUUGGUGUACAUAACAAAGGUCUGUUAUGUCUGUCUGAUACCAGGUCUAUUUUUCUGUAAUUUUGAUGUUCUUUUUAAAAAUGUCAAUGAGAAAUCCCCAGGCGCAAGGAUUUCCUUUGCAUCUAGAUACUAUCUCAAAAUAAUAUUUUCCUAUAAUAUCAAGAAGUAAAAACAAACAAUGGCACUUAAAAUAAGCCAGAAUGUUAUGACUGGCCUUAUUGUUACCACAGUAUGGAAGGAAAAAUUCUUUCUACUUCCUCCUUAAGGAAAGCAUUGAAUCCCCAGUUUACAACCUCAAUAUUUCACAUGACUGUUUAUUGCUUGAAGGUACAAACUUGCAUCUCCCAUUGUGCUUAGGUGAAGAAUUGCAGCUUCAUGGAUUCAAUAGAUGUUUAGUAUUUUCUGCUGUUAAAUGGUGGAGGUAGAUUUGAUGCCCUGUCACAGCAUAAAACUUUGGAGCAUUUUGUAUUACUGCUUUUUAUUUUAAGAGGUUGUUUCAAAAAAUGCAAUCUAGUUCAGAGGGAAUAUGUACAUCUAAUUGUCUUCUGCACACAGAACUCAGACCACUAGGAAACAACUCAUUCUUCCAAUUUCAGUUCCACAACCACUUGGUGAUGUCUUGAGACAGCUUAUGCUUUCAAAACAUGAAUUGUUGACUUGGUAUAAUACAGGUAUUUCAGUAACUAUAUUUUUUAUUAAUCAAGGACAGGUAAGCCAUUUAGCAUCCACUGCUUAAAAAUCAAAGAAGAAAGUUGCCCUGAUUUUUAGGCUUCCUACAGAAGCUUUCUCCCUACAUAUACAAUGUCUCUUCAUUUUAUUUUUAAGUCUUUAGAAAAGUAUAACCAGCACAAUGUAAAGUAUUGCUUAUUUUAAAAGAGAGUUUCCAUAUUUGUGCAUCUAAUUAGAUAAUUAUGUGGUGAAAUAAAUGCAUGCAAUUUCAUUUUAAACAUGUUCCUGUACAUUACAGAACCUGAUUUACGUUGUUCCGGGUUGUUGUUUAUUUACAAAUUCAAGAUCCAAGUACAGUCGUACCUCGGCUCCCGAACGCCUUGGGAGUCGAACAUUUCGGCUCCCGAACGAUCGAAAACCAGAAGUGAGUGUUCCGGUAUUCGAGCUUUCUUUUGGAACUCGAAUGUCUGGCAUGGAGCUACCUGCAGCCAAUCAGAAGCCGUGCUUUGGAAGUCGAACGGACUUCCGGAACGGAUUCUGUUCAACUGCCGAGGCACGGCUGUACAACUUUAUUUAGAACAUUCCCCUGUGUUGCAGUCUCCAAGGCAGCUGUUUUGGAUGUUUUGGACUAGAUGUUUUGGACAACAACUCACAUAAGCUGCAGACAGCAUAUGCUGAUGGGAGUUGUAGUCCAAAACAAUUGGAGGGGCACCACGUUGGUGAAAAGUACUCUAGGGCCUAGUACUUGUGUUAUGCUGGCAGCACUAUGAGUCACUGGACUGCUACUCCUCACACUGGUGUGGUGUUAAGAUGAGCCACACAACAGCAUUUUCUCAUACUAGCAUCAAACUUCAGAUAACUGGGUAAUGCCUGUGUAAAAAAAGGAUCUGGCUUUAGUGAGCAAGGAAGCCAUUUGCUAAAUAAGUUAGAUCUUGUUACAUCUAAAGAAGCUCUGCUUUACUGUGUUGCUGGUUAUACACUUGUUAAAUUCUGAGAAAUAUUUCGCAUCAGACUUUUGAGUACUGUAGAUGGGAUGUUGCUAAAAGACUAUGAAAACGUACUGUAUGAAACUAAAUGAUUUUUUUACUCUGGUUUUUCAUGUUUAAAAAGAUUAAAUAUGGGCAUUAUGUUGGCAAAGCAGA